GUCGCCGAUAGGCACGCGAAUCUUGAGCGUCAUCUGUGAGCGUUUAGAACGAAAGUUUAUAUUUGUACUUCGUCUUUGAACGUACGCAAAACUCUCAUUCUUGCAAUAUGGAGGAUAAGAGCGCAUCUAAUGCUACGGCUACGGAAAACGCAGCCGCGCAGCCUGCGAAGAAGACUGCGAAGUCUAAAGCGGCGAAGGCACAGCGACCCAAGUCGACGCAUCCGCCGACUUCGGAGAUGGUCACCUCGGCCAUCAAGGAGCUGAAGGAUCGCAAGGGUUCGUCCGUGCAGGCUAUCAAGAAGUACAUCGCCUCGACUUACAAGAUCGACGGCGAGAAAUUUGCUCCCUUUAUCAAGAGAUACCUGAAGGCAGCGGUCACGUCCGGUGCGGUGGUGCAGACCAAGGGAAAGGGUGCGUCGGGUUCAUUCAAGCUCUCGACUACCAAGCCUGUUCCGAAGAGUAGUGGUAAGGUAAAGCGCGCCGCGCCGAAAUCAAGCUCGGAAACCAAGAAGACUGCCGAGAAGAAGGUUACCAAGAAGGCACCUGCAACGAAAAAAGCUGCCGAAACGAAGAAGACAACGGCUGAGAAGAAGUCGGCUCCAAAGAAAACCGCCAAAACUGCUGCGGCCAAGAAGGGCGAAGCUGCUGCGAAACAGAAGGCUGCUGCGCAAAGCAAGAAUCUCUCCAAGACUAAGAAGGCUACCAAGGCCCCGGCUGCGAAAACUAAAACACCCAAACCAAAAACGACAAAGGCAGCAGCUGCCAAGACUGCGAAAGCAAGAAAAUAAUUCUCUGACUCUACUUCUGAUACUAAACUGGCCCUUUUCAGGGCCCCAAAUUGUUCAUAUGAUAGAACAAUCUCUUCGCAAUGGUUCUUAAACUUUCUUUUUUACAGGAUCACUCUUUAGAAACUUCAAACGAGCAAUUAUUAAAACGUUUUAUGAUAUUUUAAUAAAUUUCGAAUUACGUUAUUUAUA